CAUAAAGGUCUAUUCCAAAUUAAGUCGGUAAGGCAAGGAUGCCUUAGUAACAAUAGCCAAAAUAAGAAGAGUGCUCUAAAAAAGUGUAUCGUGGUCAUUCUGCUGAAAACAAUUAAGCAUAGUAAUUCUUAUUUAUUACAUCCUGAACAGAAUUGAUAUCAAAGCUAGAACUCCUGAAAUGAUUAGGAAAUCUCAAGUUCCAAAUAAUAAUAGAACAUAAAAAAGUUACUCCAUAGUGACUGAAUUUAAUUAAUAUAAAAAUAGAACAUCAUCAUAAUUAAAAUCUACAAAAGAAAUAACUCCUAAUAAGAAGUAAUCUCAGCCGAUAAUGUAAUGUCCUUAGAGGUAGACUAUUAAAUAUCAAAUUAAAAAUAUGUAAUAAAAGUUGGGUUAAGAAAAAUCAAAAAAUAACUUAAGACUUUUUGAAGUUAAUAAAUUAGAUUAGAGAGUAAAGACUUAACAAAAUGAAAAUUAAAAAGAAAAAUACAAAAUUAUUAAAAAAAUGCCAUUAAAAAAAGUAAACUAAAUAAACAACUAAUCAUAAAUUGAAAAAUAUCCACAAAUAAUGUCAACAAGACAAAUUCCAUCAAGAUAAUCAUUUUCUCCAUCAAGUAAGAUUUCUAAGACUAAUAAUACAACACGAGGUCAUUCACCGUCUAAUAAUUAGAAUGAUACUCUAAAUGGAAAUAUUUAAGCACUUUUAGUAAUCUUAAUAUUAUAUUAGACUGUGAUUAGACCUAUUUUUAAAGAGGCAAAAUAUUAUUAGACUUCUGUUAUACAUUUUUUGAGAUAAGAGUUUUUUCCAAAUACUUCCCCCUAUUAAGUUUAAUUUAAAAUAGAAUUCCAAGAUCAAAAAGAUUAUUUUAAAACUAAAUUCUGCGAACACUUUUAUCUUACAUAUGAAUCUUUAAAAUAUUGUUCUCAAAUGAAUUCAAUAAAACCAUUUAAUAAUACUAAAUUAUUGUUGAAUCCUCCAAAAAAACCUAAUUUUUCAACGGAUGAUGUUAAGACUUUAGUUUUUGAUCUAGAUGAAACAUUAAUUCAUUGCUAUGAUAAUAAUAAUAAUAAUCCAGCAGAGUAUAAAACAAUAAUUAAAGUUCCAAAUGAACCAGAAAUAGAAGUAUAGAAAUGUAAAUUUAAUUAGAUUUGUUUUAAUAUAAGACCACAUUGUUAAUAAAUGUUAAAAGUUUUAUCAUAAUUUUAUGAACUGAUAUUAUUUACAGCUUCAUACAAAGAGUAUGCUGAUAAGAUUUUAGAGUAUAUUGAUCCAAAAUAAACACUUUUUUCAUAUAGAUUUUAUAGAGAAAGUUGUUUAGAAUUAGAAGAAGGAAUAUUUGUUAAAGAUCUUAGAGCGAUUGAAGGUCGAAAAUUAGAAGUAAAUUACAUUACGAUCAUUAGAAUAUGGCUAUAAUUGAUAAUUGUGCGUGUUGUUACAUUUAUUAAUUAGAUAAUGGAAUUCCAAUCAUUCCAUUUAAAGAAAAUAAACAAGAUAAAGAACUUAUCUUUCUGACAGACUAUCUAAUUAAAUGUGAAAAAUAAGUAAAUUGGUUACAAAAUCAUAAGUUUCACUUUUAAAAUUAACGUUACUUAUAGUAUUCAACAAUUGAAGAAUGUAUACAAAAAUUUUUAUAAAAAUAAAAUUAUUGA